AUGGCUAGCCGCGGUAGCUCCGCUAGGGGAGGAGGAAGCUUGGGCGGCGGGGACUCGCCGCCGCGUCCCCCCGUAUUCCGCACCGAGGCUGAGCGGCGGAAAUGGGUCCGCUCGGAGGGCGCGCGCAAGCGCAGCGCCCGCGGGUGGACCAACAGGGUGCUCACGCCCCCGGGGAAGCUCGCCGGGUACGCGCUCAGAGGUGAGGGGUCCUCCUCCGGCGGUUCGCGGAGUCCCCCUUCGUCCGAGUCGGAGGAGGAGGACGAAGAGUCGGAGGAGCAAGAUGAAGUGUCGGAGGAGGAGGAGGAAGUGGAAGAGGCGGAGAUGGCUGUCGUCGCGCAGCCGGCUACGACGGUCAUGUCCGCCGAGGACUACGUCCACGACGACGACGAGGAGGAGGCGGUCGUUGCUCAGGUGGCGGCCGUGUCCGCCGCGGAGGCCAGAGCCCGCUGGCGCCGCGAGGAGGCCGACGCCGUCCGACAAGUCCAGGAAUACGAGGCGGCGGGCCGAGAAGAACGCGUCUGCCGCAUCAAGCUGGUGAUCGUCGAGCUCGACGACGAGUAG